AUGGUGGGUUCUCCUGGCUAUUAUGCUGGCUUCCUCCUUCCUGUCUUCCUUCUCCAGGUGUCCACUUGGUACUCAACAGCAUCUGGGUUUUCUGUAAAGGGACCGGUUGAGCCCACCAUGGUUCUGCUAGGCACAGACGCCACUCUGCCUUGCCAGCUGUCUCCUGAGCAGAACGCAGCCCACAUGCACAUUCGGUGGUACCGAACCCAACCGUCCCCUGCUGUGUUUGUGUAUCAGAAUGGACAGGAACAAAGUGGGGAGCAAAUGCUCGAGUACCGUGGCAGGACAGAGUUGGUGACGGACUCCAUCAGCAAAGGGGGUGUGGCCCUGCUAAUCCAACAUGUUCGUGCUUCUGAUGGUGGCCAGUACCGGUGUCAUUUUAAGGAUGGUCACAGUUCCCAAGAAGCUGUUGUGGAGCUGCAUGUUAUAGGGUUGGGCUCUGUGCCUCGCGUUCACAUGAUGGGGCCUGAGGAUGGUGGGAUACAAGUGCUGUGCUCUUCAGAUGGCUGGUUCCCAAAACCCAGGGUGCAGUGGAGUGACAUGAUGGGUGUGAAGCUACAGUCUCUCUCUGAGUCUCACAUCCAAGAUGAAGAUGGACUCUUCCAUGUGGAAGCAUCUCUUGUGGUCACAGACAGCUCUCUGGGCAAUGUGACCUGUUCCAUCCAGAAUCCCCUCUCUGGUCAGGAAAAAGUGUCAGCUGUCUUCCUCCCAGAGCCCUUCUUUCCCAGGAUGUCUCCAUGGAAGACAGCCCUGGCUGGGACAGUCCCUGUGCUGGUGCUCCUCCUCACUGGGAUCAGCUACAUUGGCUGGAGAGAACACCAAGCCAAAGAAAGAGAAGUAAAGAAAAGGAAGAAAGAAUCUCAGGAAAGAGAUCAGAUGAAGAAUGAAAAGGAAAAGGCACUUAAUGCCAAAGAGAACCUCAAGGCAGACCUUGAACAGCGAAAGGCACUAUACCUUGCAGAUUGGAAGAAGGCCCUACUUUAUCCUGACUGGAGGAAGGAAAAGUUCCAGCCUGCCCCUGUGACUGUAGAUCAGGAAAUCUUUCAUAAGAAUAAUUCUGACUCAAAGAGAAAAGAGAACGUCAAAGAGGAAACACAAGAUCUAUCUCUCAGGGAUAAGCGAGAAGACUGCAACCUUAUCACACUGAAACAGGAAGGCUUCAGCUCAGGAAAGCAUUACUGGGAAGUGGCUAUUAGGGACACUGAUGAAUGGACCCUAGGCAUUUAUGAGAAGCCUCAGACAGCAGUGGGUUAUCUACAAGACAAGAAAUUCAGAGUCAUAGAGAAGAAAGGACAUGAAUACAGGGCUCUCACCUAUUGCUCUGAAAAUAUUUCUUUGCAAAAGUGUCUCCCGAUAAAAAAGUGUCCACAAAACAUUGUGAUUUUUUUGGAUUAUGAGGAUAAUGACAUUUCUUUCUAUGACAUGACUGAGGGCACCCACAUCUUCUCCUUCACCCAGGCUAGUUUCUCUGGGUCACUCUAUCCUUACUUCAACCUUAAAUCCAUGAAGCUUUCCUCAUAG